AUGUGGAACGAAGGUGAAGACCGAAUUCACGGCGUUUCCGUUGAGGAAGAUUACGGCGAGGAAGAUUACGAUGAUGAAUAUUCCGGUGAGGAGUAUUUCGAUCAUGAAGAUUACGAUGAUAAAUAUCACGGUGAGGAGGAUUACGAUGCCGAACACACAAGUCACAGCCCUUACAAUGAUGACGCCCCCCCUUGGUGUUGCCACCACUGCGCCGUUAGUCUGGAAAACGCUCUCAUUUGCCCCAAUCACGAUGUUCCGAUGUUACCCAUGGUAAUCCUUGCAAAGUCCAUGUCGAGUGUCACACGUUAUGUGACGUUCGUCAGUGAGCGAGUCACAAAUGCGGACAACAAAGUUGUGGUAGCCAUCAAAAAGAACAAACUGGAUGCACUGCAGCGGGCGUUGGAUGACGGCAAUCGAAGCCGUCUGGGGCCUUACAAUCGCAUGGGCGAGACCCCUCUUCACCUUGCAGCAAAGUUGGGCCGCUUGUCCUGUGCCAAAAGGCUCCUGGCCAUGGAGAUUGACUCACAUGUACGUGAUGUCGACGGCAACACGGCGCUCAUGAUGGCCGUCGAAUAUGAGCACCUGGGCAUGGUCAUUGCACUCUGGGGAGAGAUUGCGGACAUCAAUGAAUCCGACGAUCAUCUCGAUGCCCUCCGAAAUGCUGUCGACUAUCAGCUGUUUGACAUCGUGAAGUUUAUGCUUGAACACGAUGGUAAGACCGAGGGCUACAUUUUCUCUCAGCUUUUAUACCGGGCUGCCAAAGUAGGCAAUGAUAAGAUCGUCGCCCUGUUAUUGCGAAAACAGGGUGUCGAAGUUGAUGCAACGGACGAAGAGUCAGAAGAUGCUCCACUACACAUCGCGUCAAUCGAGGGUCAUGAGAAGGUGGUUCAGAUGCUUCUCGCAGCCGGUGCUGAUGUCCAUUGCGAAAGUUCUCCGAAUACAACACCGUUGCAUCUUGCAGCAAAAGCAGGCAAAGUGGAAGUCUGUAGGAUCCUGAUCAAGUCUGGGGCAAGGUUAGAUGAGUGGAAUGUCCAUGGGGACACUCCACUCAUCCUAGCUUUGGACGAUGGCCACGGUGCUGUGGUUAAAUUUCUCCUUGAAGCUGGUGCCAACUGCAAUCUAGAAUCUUCAAGUGGUCUUACAGCCUUGCAUGUGGCAGCAUCAAGGGGCCUGGUGGAAGUUUGUGGGAACCUGAUCAAAUAUGGGGCUAGCCUAGACGCCAGGAAUGCUCUCGGCGAUACUCCACUCAUCCUAGCUGUGGACCAAGGUCACAGUACCGUGGUUCAAUGUCUCCUUGAUGCUGGUGCCAACUGCGGUUUAGCAUCGCCAAAUGGUGACACAGCAUUGCAUGCGGCAGCAGCAGGGGGCUUGGUGGACAUCUGCCGCAUUUUGAUCGGCCACAACGGCGGGCUAGUAUUGGCACUGCUCGAUGGCGUGACUCCGCUUCAGACCGCCGUCAAGAAGAAUCACCUUGGCAUAGCCAACUUGUUUCUCGACAACUCAUCCACAGAGGUUUACGCGGCUGACAACAAAGGCUACACCAGCCUCCACUGGGCUGCCAAGCUAGGCUAUGUGGACAUAUGCACCACCCUACUCAAUCACAACGCGUCGACUUGCAUCAGAACAAAGAAGGAACACAGUCGCCGAACUCCAUUACUGGAGGCGAUUGUUGACGACAAACCUGAUAUCGUCCGGCUGCUUCUGGAACGAGGCGCAUGUGGAGCAGACCAAAAUGAUGACACGGCUGACGAUUGGGAAGGCUAUCCGCUGUUUUUGGCGGCUUCGCUUGACCGCGUAAGUUGCCUGGAACACUUGGUUAAGUACGGCAGCAUCAACUUUGAGUUCAUCGGCCUGAAUGCGAUCGCGCAUGCAGCACGCCAUGGAAGGGUGGCCGCGGUCAAGUUGUUGCUGGAAAAGGGCGCGACAGGGGUUCCACCAACCGGCCUGAAGGGCAAGUGGAAGAAUCUGAAAAUUACCCCAGAGGGCGAGGCGAAGGCGGAAGAAGCGCUGAAAAUACUAAGGGAGCUUUCGAACACUCGUGCGAAUGGAUUUCCAGCGAUGGGCCUUAAGGAUAAGUGGAAGAAUCUGAAAGCCACUCCUGCGGGCGAAGCGGACGCAAAUGAGAAAGAAAUGACCGCGAACGAUAGAGAAGCGAAUGCGCAUGAGAAUGAAGUGAAAGCGUUCGAGAACCAAUUGGAGAACGAGAUGGAAGCGUUCAAGAACGAAUUGAACGCGUACGACAGCGAAGUACUGGAAACUCCAAGGGACCGUUUAAACACUCUCGCGACUGAGCCUCCAGCGACAGGCCUGAAGAGCAAGUGGAAGAAUCUGAAAGCUAACCCCGAGGGCGAAGCGAAAGGGGAAGCUAACGAAGUGCUGGGAACUCUGAAGGAGCUUUCGAACGCUACUCAAAAGCUGAGAGUGAAGGGAAAGGCAUUUGUCGGAUUUGUUCAGACUUUGAAGCGCCGGUGA